GCGCGUUUAGCUCAGUCACAGUCAGUCGUCCGUUGAGAAUCGAGUGUGAAUGAGCUUCAUUUGUCUCUUUCUUUCUCUAUCAGUCGCAAGAGUCAGUGACACAUACACACACGUCGCUUCAUCGUCGUCAUUGUCGUAGUCCUCGCACUACUCUAUUUCAUCAGUGUAAAGGCAGUGUUCCUGCAGUGGACUGUGCAAAUCACACUUCAAAGAUGUCGAUCGUGGGUUACGGCACUGAGAUGAAUAACGGCAACAGCACCACAGCCGAGAACAACAGAUGCAGCCUGCGCAGGAUCGCAAGGCACGAGGAGCCGGAAUUCAGCAAUGCCAGCAUCCUCAACAGCAUGGAGAGGUUCGUUCGCACAGUUAACGAGAUGGAAGAGACGAUAUUGGUGCCGAGUCGUUUGUUGGAUUUAGCCGUUGGCGAUGCAUCAGACACAAUCUGCCAAAAAGAAUGCAGAAACGGCUCGUCCACCAUCAAAAGCAACCUCAACAACACCGAUCUCUACCGACUUUAUAAUAUUGUCAACCAAAUGAAAAUCGAACUGCUCUGGUCGCAGGAGAAUCCUGCUCAGAACCUCGCUGACGAGCAACAGGAGCAAGAAGCUCAGCGCAACAAGGCGCAAGUUGCCGCAAUGGAGCACGCUCGUCUAGGCCACGCGAGGUGUCCAUCAACCACAUCGAUGCAAAGUGUUCAGUCAGCAUCGUCGAUGGUAUCGAGUAGUUCGGCAAGCGAUUCGGACUCGGACACAGGCAUCGAGAAUGAUUCUGGCUUAGAAAGCGAAGAGCCAAGUGAUCGACUCGCCAAUCUUGCUGCUGAGCAGUUCAGGCGUCAUCUUCAUGGACUCCAUCGUAGCAUCAACCGCAUGACUGAGGCUGCGGAAUACCUGACUCUCAGAUAUCAAGCUGACGUCGGUGGUCAAGUUUGAUCUGCCGGUUCUACUACCAAAAUCAGCUCUGCUGCUCUCUAGUACGCUCGCGCGUGUGUGCCUGUAAAUCUCGUUUGUGUGUGCAUGUGCGUAUGCGUAUGCGUGUGUAUAUGUGUAUGUGCAUGUGCAUGUCCGUGUGCGUAUGUAUGUGUGUGUACGCGUGUGUGCUUGCAUCUGCGUCUGAUCUGCGGAGAAGAGUAGGUCACUAUUUUUACAAUUACCGAUUGUGCUUUUUAAAAUUCUCGAUUGGCUAAGCUUGUCGCCGUUGUCUAUUUCUUUGUUUAUUUCUUAUUGAUGAUUACUAUUUAUUUCUUAUAGUUUGUAUCGGCAAUCAGAUUUCCACGUAUGAAUUGUUAUAUCUUGCAUUUUCAAGUUUACAUCAAUCAAUUUCUCAGUUUUACAUUGCUUUGUUUCUUCUAUUCAUUUGCAUUUCUUUUACACUUUUUAUUAGCCUUACACGACCUUUGAAGAUACUAGGAGAAUGCCUGAUAACGUUUUGUUUGUGUCGAUACUUCGCUGGUGGUAAUCAUUCGUAGUUCUGCAAGUGGGGGAGAGGGCAAAAAUAUUACGUUCACGAGAAUCUUUCGCAAGCUAUUCAAUGAUAAACACAAAACAAGCUGAUUGAUUUAUCUUGAACGAGAAUGAGAGUCUCGUGCAAUGCAGCGAUUAAAUUGCGAAGCGAUAUUGCAAAAAAAGAAAAUGCAUGCAAUGUUUUAAAACAGCUACGUUGUGUAGAGAUAUGGAACUCAUAUUUUUUCUUUUUGUUUUAGGAAUGUGAAACACUUAUCUGCGAUAAAACUAUUAAGAUGCACGUAUAUGUAUGCGUGAGUAUUUUGUAAGUUGUAUGUUUUAGUAUGCGUGAUUGGUACACACGAGCGAAAGAAAUGAUGAAAUAAAUUUUUGCGAGCAAACAGAAAAGAGAGAAGAAUUGAAAAUUAUAAUUUUUAAGCGGUGUUUUGAUCUUGUUAUUGCGACGCGGGUAAACGUAUGUGUAAAUAGUAAUUAAAUGAGAAUUUCUUUAUUUUUUCUUUCGGUAAAAAACAGUUGAAAAACUUAGAAAACAUGGCAAUGGAUAGGUAGCGAUCAACUAGACGUUAGCUUUUUAUUCCGAGUAUUUUUUUCGUUUUUCCUUUUCUUUGCCUUAAAUUCAUAGUAAGUAAGUGAGAGAGUUAUACGUGAAAAAUCUUUGUUUUCUUUUGGGAAAAACUUAUGCAUAAAAAGGGAAAUCCGAUCGUUGGAUUUAAAUCAAAUUCCUCGUAGGAAUAAUUACUAAUUCGGGAAUUUAAUGUUUUGUACAUAAAAUUAGUUUCCGAUAUUAUUUAUUUUCCUUUUUUUCCCUCCGUUAUUUUCUACUAUAUUUACAAAUGUAAUUUAUAUAUAAAGCCAAGAUAGAACAUUCUGCUAUGCGAAUUUGCGUGUGUCGUAAUCUUUUGUAUGAAAAUAGAACAUCAAAUAAAGACGUUUGAAAUACCCUUAAAUGACAUUCAUGAUGUCGUUAGUUACGAUUGAAUACUCCAAACUUUUUUGUAUUGAAUCUAAAUUGGAAAAUGAAAAUCGUUCUGUAACAAAUAAUCUUGAAUAGCCAAUCGAAAAGACAAGAAAAAGAUUACAUCACAGGCGAAACCAAAUAUAAUGGAAACAAAACUUGGACUUAGCAUUCAAGCUUGGUAUUACGAGAGCGCAAAUUUUCAUACAUAAUUUUGUCUGUAUAUAAUUUGUAAAUAAGCCAGAGGUUCACUAUGGAAUUGUAGCUAAUUUUUGAGAACCUUUUUGCCUUUUGAGAAGCAGUAGAAGCACAAGGCACAUUUCGCGCCACUGAUAAUUUGAAGAAAAACGUUGUUGAAAAUCUUUCUUUUUUGUAAACUUCAAAAUCUUUACACAAAGUACUGAUUUAACUAUUCAAUUGUGCAUUCGUGCUUGAAACAUAAUCUGUGCUAUGAGUCCUUGUAAAACUUAACUUUUCUACGUAAUUUGUAGAAUUUUAUAUAUAACAUACGUUUUGAUUAUAAAGAGUAUAUUGAUAUAGUACGUUUUAGAAUAAUAAGCAUUCCAUAGAAUGGUGACGCGACAUGUGUUGGGCUACGGUUGAACGAGUUUUACACAUUUUCAGCUGUUAUGACGUUCUUAUAUUUCAAAUAAUGGUAGAUUUUUCAACAUAUUUUCACGAUCAUUUUGAUUGUAGUAAGUAAAUCUAGUCCAAGUCUACUGCAGCUCAAUAAUUAUAACGUAAGUUUCUUUCUUAACUAUUACACGACGUCAAAAAUUAUGAGCGUCCCUAAACUAAUGAUUAAUAAAUAAAAUACAUCGUACAUCACUUGAAAUUAUUUGCCUGAGCGAUGGCAUUUUAUAAGCCGCAACAUAAUACAAAAAAGUGAUAUACACUGGUGUCACGUCAAAUGUACAACCUGAUAAUAGUGAUAAAU